UUAGGUGCCGUGCGCUCGUGGCUCUCCGGGGCUUUUCAGUGCUGCUGGAAGAGAACAGGAGCGGAUGUGACCGCCGGGACAAACGCCACUUUUUUUGAAGUCAACUAUGGAUGUGUGUGUCGCUUGUGGACGAUGUUUUCGCUGCACAUUUAAAAGGUCUCCAUCACCAUCUGACCCCAUCUGCCUCUGAGGACAAAUGCCAAUCUACUGAGGAGAGGAUUAAAUCAGGAAUUUGUCACCUCACCUAAGUAGGUGUGAAUCGCUGGCUGCAAUCAUGGGGAACCAGCUGACUGAUAUCGCUCCUAACACGUCUUUCCUGCCAAACUUCCAGUCUCUGCACGUGGUGGUUAUUGGCCUCGACGCCGCCGGCAAAACCUCUCUGCUCUACAGGCUCAAACUGAAGGAGUUUGUGAAAACAAUCCCCACCAAGGGCUUCAACACGGAGAAGAUCAAGGUGGCUGUGGGAGCUUCUCGGACCAUAAACUUCCAGGUGUGGGAUGUGGGCGGUCAGGAGAAGCUGCGCCCGCUGUGGAAGUCUUACACCCGGCGGACAGACGGGAUGGUGUUUGUGGUGGACUCCACUGAGCUCGAGCGGAUGGAGGAGGCCAAAGUGGAGCUCCACAAAAUCACCCGCACCUCAGAGAACCAGGGGGUCCCUGUGCUCAUCCUGGCCAACAAACAGGACCUGGAUUCAGCCUUGACUGUCAGCGAGGUUGAGAAGCUGCUUUCUGUGCAUGAACUGAGCAUGUACACGCUGCAUCACGUGCAAAGCUGCAGUGCUGUGGACGGUCAGGGACUCCAGCCAGGCCUGGAGAAACUUUAUGAGAUGAUCCUGAAGCGGAAGAAGAUGGUGAAGCACAACAGGAACAGAAAGAGAUGAACUCUUGGCUCCCACUGUGGACAUUAUCUUAGGAGAUUUAUCCACUGUUGAGACACUUCUAAACUUAAUGGUCCCUUUUAAUGGGAGAGCAAAUUGUGCCAACAAAACAACAAUUACACAUGGCCUUAGGGUCAGGAGAAAUGGAUUUGCUCAUAAUAACUGAAGCAGUAUUGACAUGUUCUUUGUUCUGCAAUCGUGCAGCUGCCCUUCGAAAGCUUAUGUUGUAGAUUUAAAGGGAACCUUGAUAGCAGUUAGUCUUCACUAAGUGCUUUUCUACACUUGUUUUAAAGAAUUAUAACGAGACAUUUUCCUGUUAACGGUAGGACUAAUAUAUGAACACAUUCACAUCCAUGUGGCAGGUAUGUGGUGAAGAAAUAUACAAAAUACAUUUUAAAAUGUCCAUAUAAUCCUCCACAAGCUUGCACAGAUUCUGCCACACUAAAUAGCUGUUUUUGUCCCACGGAUGUUUCCCCAAUAUAUUUAUUCCACAUGUUUGUGUUUGCGUUGGACAGAGGGGUUUUUUUUUUGUAAAUGAUAUGAAAUGAAACAGAGUUCAGUGGUGACAGCACCAAAUGAUAUUAAAUUUCAUUGCCAUGGAAUGGUAAUCCUAAGUGCAUUCCCUACAUGGCCACAGAGGUUAGGUUUCAGUUACUAUAACAGUAUUGUUUAUACAAAUUGUACAUUUUUGUAACACUGAAGACUUAAUAAAUCUAAGCACUGUACAGAA